AGUCCCAGCCUAUCGCUUUGACAAAACUACUUAUCGUGGGAGAGAAGUUAGGCGGGGUGAAGGACUGAAAGGGGCGCGUGCCCUGGGUGGCGGUGACCUGAACCCCCGCAGCAUCCUGCACCCUGACCUGCAUGCUUGAAGAAGAGAGCUUGGGAGAACGAUGGACUAGGCGCGGUCGCCUGGGACCAAGCAGCCGGGAUGUAGGGAGGCGGGCUGGUCGGUAACAGUGAUCCGGUGGCGACCUGGACCCCUCUGCGGCGAGCCAGGAUCUAGCGGGCAGCGGAAACUGGACCAAGCACAUGGCGUCUCAGUGGCAGGGCAUGAGGACCUCUGUGCGCAGACGAUCACUCCUAAAGGAGGAACAGCUAGAGAAGAAGGAGGUGACCCGGUCUGCUGGGGGUCAUCCGGAGACCGGUCCCUUGGGCUCCCUGUGCAGACAAUUCCAAAGGAGGCUGCCUCUGAGAGCGGUCAGCCUGAACCUCGGUAACGGCCCCUCCUGGAAACGCCUGGAAAGUCCAGAGCCAGAGCAGCAAGGUCUUCAGGCUGCAGCUCGCUCAGCCAAAAGCGCCUUGGGUGCCAUGUCCCAGAGGAUCCAGGAGUCCUGUCAGAGUGGCACCAAGUGGCUGAUGGAGACACAGGUGAAAGUGAGAAGGAAGCGAGGAGCCCAGAAAGACAGAGGGUCACCACCACCCAGUCUGAGCCAGAAGAACACUCGGCUAUGCAGGGCCAACCGGGAUGCUAGAGUCGGGGGACAUCUUCGCCUCUCUGGCCAGAUGGGUCCGCAUGCCCAUCGCCGUCAGCGGCUAAGGAGGGAGUCUGCCCUCCGGAGCCCCUGUUCCUCCACAGAACCUCUCUGCUCUCCCAGUGAGUCUGACAGUGACCUAGAGCCUGUGGGAGCCGGAAUCCAGCAUCUUCAGAAGCUGUCUCAAAGGCUGGACAGAGCCAUCAAGGCUGAAGAGAGUGGUGACAUGACCGUCUCCCUUAUCCGUGAAUGAGGACAGCAAGCAUCCUACAGGAAGCCGGCUCUGUCCAACCACCAAGCCACCAGGAUGUCCAUGCUGCCCAACCCAUGAACUUCCUGGAGACAGCAUUGGGUUUAUCAGCAUCCCCAGGCCACUGCUAACAAGGAUUUGACUAACAUAGGGUCCAGAACCCUUCUACUUCAGCCAUAUCUGGGCCCACUGGUAACCACUGGCCACAGCCUGAGAGUUAUUUAGGAAGACCUUGAAGAGGUGAUGGGAACUGCCCAUGUUCCCCCAGGGGACUCCUGGACUCGGGCACACCCAUCUGGCUCUCCAGCUUCAUAGUUGUCCAUCCAUAUUAGGAAUGUACCAGAAGAUGCUAGAUAGUUCUGAGUCUGGAAACUAGGACCAAGGACCUGCAGGAGUCAUCCCACAAACCCUCCCCCUGUAUUCCCAGGGCAGAGAUUCCGGAGGACCCACUUUCACUGCUGCUUCCCACCCCCAGGACCCCACAGGAAGAGAGGAGGUAUUUGCAGACUGCAAGCCUCAGCUCACGGAGCCUACUUAUCUUCUCCAUGUAGGGGCACUAGCGUGCCUGGAGGGGAAUGCUGUUCGAAAGCAGUUUCUUCUCUUUGUAAAUUAUUUAAGACAUCUGCUAUGUCAUUCUAUUAAAAAGAUACCAGUGUGUCAUUUGUAGGUCACAUUGUUUUUCGUAAUAAAAGCUCGCUUUCCAUGCUU